AUGAGUGGCAGUCUCGAGGGGAGCCGGCGCUUGAGGUGGAUGGAGGUACAGCAUCUCCGCCCUUGGCUUCCGCCCGUCUUGCUGCCGGGACUGCGGACGGAGCUGAGUAUGGCGGAGGCGCUUAUGACGGCUGUGGCUGCAGGAACGGUUGAUCGGCUUGAUCUGCUGCCUGGUGCCAGCCAAGGCCCGACAGCUCAGCCCGGCGAGGAUGCGCAAGCGGCAAGCAAGCAAUCACGGCAAAGCACGGCAAAGCACGAGAGCAUGCCGACUGAGUACAGCCCUGUCUUGCGCCGCGACGCUGCACCCUACGCCAUCACCACCGACGCCCUCUGCUUACUGCCCCUGGGACCGACUGUCACUGCUCUACUCACGCGCUUCUCCCCAUACAUCCACCUCGAAUCAUCCGCUCCGCCCAUAGCCGAACCGCGUCAGAAGCUCUAG